UUAUAUGUGAAAGUUGAAAAAUGGCUAACGCUGGAACAGCUACACCAAUGGAAAUUGAUGAAUUUAUAAACGGAGCUUUGGUUACAUGGUUGGAAUCAUGUUUGUCGCGUCCAGAAUUACUCACCGGUUAUUCGUCCUUGUUAGAUGGUAACAUUAUACACAGUGUGUGGCUACAAAUAGACCCGGAACCACAAAAUCAUCCAACAGACAUUCGCGAUCUAGUUGGGGUUUCGUUAUGCAUAGCACGAUCGAAGAACUUUGAAUGCAUUGCACGCAACUUGAAAUCUCUUUUCGAGGAAGAGCUCGAGCACACCAUACUCGUGCUUCCCGAUGUCUACAUACUAGGCUACCAUCCAGAAUCCAAACAGGGCCUAGAGCAAAUGAAGAUUAUGCUAACAUUAUUAUUGGGUGCUGCAGUGCAGUGUCCUAAUCGUGAAAUUUUUAUUGGGCGCAUAAAAAUGCUAGACGUUGAAACACAACAUGCUAUUGUAGGAUUGAUUAAGCAAGUGACUGAGGACCAAAGUCUUGUGCUUACAAAGGAAUCUGUAAAUUUGCUCACACCCGCCAACAUGUAUAAUCAUAUACUGCGCUUGACAAAGGAACGUGAUAAUAUGUACUUGCGUUGGAUUGCAUCUAUGUGCACGGAAUCUGAUUUAAAUAUGUCGGCGUGUGGUGAGAGCACAAUGAGUAAUCCACUAUCACCGUUAUCUGGCGCGCUUACGACAUCUUGUCCAUCAUCUGCCAAUUCUGAAAAUAAUCACAUGGCAGUAGAACUAGCUGAUUUGAAAUCGAGAAUUCGCAAAUUACGACAAGAACUAGAGGAGAAGGCUGAAAACCAACUCGAAUUGCGUGAAGAAUUAGAGCAUAAAAAUGCUCAGUACGAAAAACUGCGCGCAGAGAGUCAAGAAUGGUAUGCUGAGGCAAAACGUGCAUACGCUUACCGUGAUGAAGUGGAUGUUCUAAGAGAACGUGCCGAGCGUGCUGAUCGUUUGGAAAUUGAAGUGCAAAAAUUUCGCGAAAAACUAACAGACGCCGAUUUUUAUAAGACACGUGUAGAAGAAUUACGGGAAGACAAUCGAAUGCUGUUGGAAACAAAAGAAAUGUUGGAAGACCAGCUACAACGGGCAAGGAAACGUUCUGAACAUGUCAUGACACUAGAAUCGGAGAUUAUAAAAUACAAGCAAAAGUUAAACGAUAUGGCAUUAGAACGAGAUGUUGACCGUUCGAAGAUGGAAGAAUUGUUGGAAGAAAACACCCAGUUGCAACUAGUCGCGAAAAACCUAAACAGCACACAAAGACUUGACAGCACUUUUUCGGAUAAUGAGGAUGAAUGCAACUCUGGCGAUAACAGUUUAUCAGAACAACUAACCAACGAUGCGCAGACAAGAAUUUUAAAAUUGGAAUUGAAAAAUAAGCAACUUGCUGCUGCGUUGGAUCAGCUAAAGGAGAACUCCUUUCACGAGUCUACCAACAAAAUACUAGAACUAGAGAAGGACAAGAAGAAGUUAUCUUUAAAACUUGAACAAAUGCAAGAAAAUAUCCAACGCCUAACGCAACAAAACUCCGCAUUAGAAGAUGUCUUUAAAAGCGCUUUGGAAGAGAAUAAAAAGCUGCAGGACACAAUGGAUGAUCGGAAAAAAUCGUAUGAACGUCAAAGUCAAGAACGUGAAUUGGAACGUAAUAAGUUAAUGGACUUAGAUCAGCAUGUAGAAACGUUGAACAAAGAGAAACAACGUCUGCAAACUCUAAACGAAAGCAUACAGCGUCGUGCUGAUGAUUUGGAUCGUUUGCUUGACUCACGUACAAAGGAAAUCCAACAGCUGAAGGAGCGCUCUCAGGAAGUGAGUAAGGUUAAAGAAAAGGUGUACGAUUUGGAGGCAAAGCUAUGUGCAUGGGAGCGUGAGAAUAACAGCCUUUUGAAGGAGGUCACCAAGUUGAAAGAAAAUAGCGAAGAAAAAUCAGUGCAACUUGAUGAGUCGACAGCAAAGCUGGAUGCAAAGAUGAAAGAGAUUGAUCGUCUCACAAAGGAAUUGGCGGAGAUAGAGCUGACACAACAAAAAGUCGCAGAGCUUGAAAAGCAAAACCAGGAAUUAGUUUCACAGCGCGACAUUGACUACGAAACGAUAGCAACACUUCGAAAUGAUUUAGUUUCUGGUACAUUGGCCACCAACAAGGUGCGUCAGAACUUGGAAAAACUCGGAUUAACCGCUAGUAGUCAAGCCGAUAGUAAUGCCGACUUGAAUGUGGAAACUGUCGUCGAAAAAUUGGUACGAAAUCCCGAAACAUUCAAAACUGUGCGCGAAAUUAUGUUAAAUGUUUCGAAGGAACAACGUAAAAGCGAAAAUGCCAAGUCAGAUAUGUGCGUGCUAUGCCAUCGCAAAGAGAUCUACACGGUGGAGAAGAAUAUUGAAUUAUCACCCAGUAAUGAACCACAGGAGCUAAGUUUCGAACACAAAGUUAUUCUAAGCUCACCGAAAAAUCAACAACAGGAUCGGAUGGAAAUAAGGAGGCUAGUGGAGAGCCACAAUGAGUUGAGUACACGUUAUGCGGCGCAACAUUCUGUCAAUAUUCAAUUAGAAGCAGAAAAGGCACGACUCGAUGUAGAUGUGGUAACGCUAGGCUCACAGAUAUCAUCUCUCAACACUCAAUUGGUCGCACUACAAGUGGCCAACACACAACUUGCCUCCGACAAGGAUCAUUUGUUGAAGCAAAGCGAGUCGGUUAAGCAAGAAAAUAAGAAUAUACAACACGACUUGAUGGCUUUGCGAACUUUGCACGAUCAGCUUUCAGCUGAAUAUGAAUCACUUGCAUCUGGCAAAGAACAGCUGAAGUUGCUGUUACGCGAUUCACGCAAUGAGGCACGUGAGCUACGCGAGCACAUUUCGAAUUUAGAAAAGCGAAUUGUUGAUUUGACCAAGGAGAAUUCAACAAUGAAGACCUAUGAAGAUGACCUGGCUAUACUGCGCACAGAGCAUUCAAAGCUGACUGACGAUUUUCGAAAUUUGUUUCGCUUCAAGAAUGAGUACAAAAACAUACAGGAGCAAUAUAAAAUGAUACGUUCCGAUAAUAGCAAACUGAAGAAACAGAAUACCGAAUUGUUGCGAGAGUUGGAUGUGAAGUGCGACCAAAUAAAAACCAUGGAAAAUGACGCUGCUUACUACGCUCAACAGUGUGAAAUAUUGCUGCAAACGAAUGCGCAUCUGGAUACAGAUCGUAAAACUUUGAUGGAUAAUGUAUCACAGUUACUAUCUCAGUAUCACGAGUUGCUUUCACAUUCUUUGGAGGAUAAACAGCAUUUUCGCGAAGAGGAGAAGAGUUACACAGAGCGCUUACACAACCUAAGUCGCCAGAAAGAGAAGUUGGAGGAGAAAAUUAUGGAACAUUAUAAGAAACCCGAAACUGUUAUACCAAAAAAGAAGCCUUUUGCGAGUAGCAUUGUGCGGCGCGUAAAGAAAGCGGGCUCAGAUUUCAUAAAUAAGGUACCAACAAGUCGGAAUCGCCGUUCAUGGGUGGAUGAUUCACGUCUAACGCAAUCGCAAUUUAUGAUUGGCUCUGAAUCUGGUGGCAACGACUCAGAUAAUAGCGCAGAGGAACCAAUGUCUAUUGCAUCGGAUACACAUUUACUCCAACGAAAUGUGCCAAUCCGUCAAAGUUUGCAACGUGAGCUAAUGGAUAAUACACUUUCACGUGGCGGUGUGCGGAGUAGUUUGCAAGCACAAAAGCGUACGGAUUUGAAUAAUUCUCGUAGAAAUAGCGUGCACGGUCUUGAAGCGCCAGAUGUGACGGGUAGCAGCUUGACACUGGGUACAGCCGGUUCCCGACGCACAGUUUAUUUAAUUGAUGAAAACCAAAAAAUACCCGAAACAUCAAAUAGCAAUAGUAGUGAUGUAAGCAUAGGUGGACGACUGUCGACAUCGCAUUCACCCUUGAAUUCAAGCGCUUGCUCAUCAUCGACCACCUUAGGUGCAAGUGGCGCAUGCAUGGGCGCCGAUAUAGGAGUUGGUGUUGCUGAACCGCAGACACCUACAAAUGCGACACCAGUACCAACGAUAAACGAAAAUCCAACAACAUUCCUUAUGUAUAAUCGCAUUAAUACGACGAUUGGUAGUAGUGCUGGUACUGAGGGCAGCAUAGCCGACGGUACAUGUCGUGAGCCAACAUUAACGCCAAACAAUAAUUCUACACCAGUGUCUGCGGCGUCAGCAACAGCGCAGCAGGAUGAUAAAUUGCAGCGAAAACGCACAGAAGAUAAAAGUAAUAGUAUUUGGUAUGAAUAUGGAUGUGUUUAGACAAUAGCAAUUUAAUAAUAGUUAGCUGUAAAUGCAUGUACGCUAAUAAGUUUUUUAUGAGUUAAGUGUAUCGGCGAUAUACUAAAUAGACUUAUGAUCUACAUAUAUUGUGCCUUCUGUUUCUUUUUGACUUUUUUGAAGCACAAAAGUUGCUUAAUGCAAUAACACCUACUGUCAUCAAAAUAUAUGCCCCAACUCGAAUAUUUAAUCAUUUAAAAUUGUUUAAAUGAAUUUGCACAUACUCCCCUAUUGUAAUUUUUUUUACAUGUCAUGAAAGCCUCAUUAAAUUUAAUAAUUAAUCAGUAUGAUUUUAAUAUAUAUCUUUACUAUUUUACUUAUUGCCCUGCCUUUUAAGCGAGAGUAUUAAAUUUUUGUAAAUGAUCGAAUUUUAUUUAAGUUUACAUUGAAUUUCAUAGGCACGGCACAUUUCACUCAUCUAAGCUGAGCUGAAUCUCUCCAAAUUAAAUUCAUUUGGGUAUUCUCAUUUCCCCAUUUGAUUCAUACCAUAUUCAAUGAAUUUAGAUGUACGAAAUUGUCAUUAUAUCUACCCAAAUACGGUCCCGCAUAAAAUUGUUGGCACAGAGAAAUCCUCACAAUAUACAUAUGCAAAAUUGUUUGCUUUUUAAUUUUUAAGCGUUUUUUUAUAAAAAUAUAGUUUAUACUACUACAACAAUAAAAUAAAUUUAUAAACUUUGUGAAUAACUUAGAAAAAUUCAAAAAAUUAGCAACUUUCUAAUACCAUUUUUUAGAAAAAUUUGGAAAAAGCAAUUUUGUUGCCCAUUAAAUUUUAAAAUAUAAAGGGCAAGUUUAUAGUUGCUAAAAACCGCGUUUAAUUUCAUGAGUUUUGCGCAAAGUUAAGUUUUUUGAAGAAAUGUUUUUUGUUGAAGUAUUAACUAUAUUUUUAUCAAGUUUCCGCGAAAAAAAAUUUAAAGCCAAAAAUUUUACAAUAAUUUUAUGCGGGACUGAACAUAUGUAUUAUUCCUUCGAAUAUAAAUAAUUAUAAUUUUCCAAAACAUGUAUAUUUCCCAUUUCUUAUUAUAAACAUACACAUAUAGAGAAAACUUAAGCUGUGACACAAUUAUUUUAUAACUACUACAUACCGUCACUAGACACGAAGCUCAAAAGUUGACCGCGAAAAAGACGCGUAAAAACACUUCAGCGAAGAUAGACUCUUAACAUAGUUGACGGAGAAGAAAGACGCGUUACAAUAUUUGACGGCGAAGAAAGACCCGUAAACUUGGUCCUGUUCGAGGCACGUAAUAAAAGCGGCAUUACUACUGCACUGAUGAAAAUUUGCAACACUGUUGCAACUGCCCAACUGACAAUACGUUGCUAGAAAUUCAGACCGAACGUGAUACUUUAAUAAUUCGCGCUACACUGCGGUUGUGAUUGCAACUCGAACAAGCCCCUUAUUUUCGCGGUCGACUAUGUGUAUGUAACAGUAUGUAAAUUCUCCAAAGAGUUUUUGUGGAAUGAUUCUGAAACGACAGUCCUUGGCCAGUAGCUCGUUUCUGUAACUCUUCUCUACCGAUUAUUUCUCUAGUGAUAGAGAAUAUACAUCAUUCUCUACUACUCAUUAGCAGUAGAGAACAGGGCAGCGAAUUUAUAUCUCAAUUCGCCUUGGUAGAGAAUUGUUACAGAAAUGAGCUACAGGUAUACAUCUGUGUUAACGCGUCCUUCUUCGCCGUCAACUAGGUUUUACGUCUUUCUUCGGCGAAGUUUUCUUUAAGGGUCUUUGUUCGCCGUCAAAACACUAGCGCGCCUUUAUUCGUGUGUAGUGACGAUACAUUGAUUGUCAAUAUUUUAUUUGCAUUGUUUCUUAAAAACUACGCACAUGAAGUUUCUUUACUGCAUAAACAACAUAGAAUUUGAAAAGCAUUACAAAAUAAUAAUAAUUAUACAAAUAAAUUACAACUAUUUUAAAGCUAUUCCAAACGUACGCUACAACGAAAGAACUACAUAGCGUUAGGCUACCUUAACAUUUAAGUGAUUAGUUAGACAACAUAAAAUGAUUUCGUAAGUAUAAAUGCAUACAUUUCUUAGUUUAUACAUAGAAAAAGCAUAACAUUUACAUAAUACUACAAAAUACAUUAUAUAUUGUAAUCGUUCAAAAUACCAUAUUUGCCUUCAUCUAAUAUAAUAGACACAGACAUGACGAGUAUUAAGUACAUACUUACAUAAAUGAAAAAUUAUAAACUAUAAUUGUCUACAUUAAUGUGAUCGAGGCUAUGGUCACUAUUCGCUUUGGCAAAUUAAAAGCAGUUUCUCACAAUUAAAUUCAAAAAUAUUUUUUAGUUAAAAUGGCUAUUAAUAUUAUAUACAUGCUAUAUAUGUUAAAUGUUUUAUAUACACAUAUAUUUUUAUAUGCAUUUAUCUUUUAUAAAUCUCCUUUUUAAUUUAGUGCAAACUUUACAUACAUCGUAAGUUCACAACUAAUGAAUAAAUAUUACUUCCAAUUGAAACUUUUAAAUCA